AUUCAUUGAAUGGAAGUGAAUGUUGUUCUGCUUAAAAUUGUAGUGCAGCGUUGACCAAAAAUUUAAAUUUAAGUUUAGUGAAGUAAUAAUAUAAUCAUAUUACGAUGCUAUUAUGUUUGUGUGGAAUUAAUAAAUAAUUAAAAUGAAAUAAUCAAAUUUUUAGUAUUUAUUGUAUAUCUGUGAUAAUUUUGACUGACACAAUGGCUUGUAAUAUUUUUCCAAACGAUUUAAUACCAAUGAGGUCCAUAAUAUGGGUAAUGCUUUUUACCUGCACCUUUAUUUUGUACAUGAUAAGGGUGAAUAUGUCCAUACUUAUUAUAGCAAUGGUGGAACCAGGAAAAUCUUUGGAUUCAAAAGUAUUUGUUCCGGAAUGUUCACUAAAAAAUAACUAUACAAAUGAUACAGGGAGUCAUUUUGAUAAAUACGUAUCCUAUCCCGAUUAUGGACCUCGUUACGAAUGGGAUAAAAAACUACAAGGAUUAAUCUUAUCAGCCUACUUUUGGGGCUUUACGAUUACUGGUAUACCUGGAGGAGCUUUAGCGGAAAAAUUUGGCCCUACAAAAGUUAUCACCAUUUCCUUUUUGGUAUCUGGAGGCUUAACUCUUCUAGGGCCUUUGGCAGCUUCUUGGCAUGCAAUAGCUUUAAUUGUGUCUAGAUUCCUUAUUGGAUUGUUUGGUGGUGUAGUAUACCCAUGUCUACAUUCUUUGGUGGCCAGAUGGGUUCCAGCUCAGGAAAAAGGCAAGUUUAUGGGGGCCUUAUUAGGAGGAGCUAUGGGCACUGUUUGUACAUGGCCACUCCUAGGAACUGUUAUUGAAAACCUUGGAUGGAAUUGGGGUUUUUUCUCUAAUGGUGCCAUAGUGUUAUUGUGGUGUGUAGCCUGGAUUUACUUUGUAAGAGAUAGCCCAACGGAUCAUCCCAGAAUCAACAUUACAGAAAAAGAAUAUAUUGAAGCUGGGCUGGGUGUUACAAUAAAUAAACAAAAGAAAAUAGCUCCAUAUAAAGAUAUAUUCACGUCGAUUCCAUUUCUGGCCCUUGUGGUACUUCAUUUUGGUAACUUAUGGGGUCUAUUUUUUUUAAUGACAGCAGGUCCAACUUUUAUGUCUUCAGUUUUGGGCUUUGAUUUAGGCCAUACAGGAAUAUUGGCGGCUCUUCCAUACUUAGCAAGGCUUAUUUUUGGAUUUAUAUUCGGAUCGAUAGGUGAUUUUAUAAGAAAGCAUCAAUGGAUGUCAACUACAAUGACGAGAAAAAGCUUUGUAUUCCUAUCUCAUAUAAUGCCAGGACUUCUUCUUUUGGGCCAAACCUUUACAGGUUGUAAUGCUAACUGGGCUAUAAUUUUAAUUACGUUAUCACUUGGUUUAAAUGGUUCCUCAACUUUAACAAACUUGCAAAAUUCUCAGGACUUGGCUCCUAAUUUCGCAGCCACCUUAUACGGUAUAAUAAAUUGUAUUGGAAGUACGACAGGAUUCAUAUCUCCACUGAUUGUGGGGUAUUUGACAUCGAAACAUAAUGGUUUGGACGAAUGGCAUAUUAUUUUCUACAUUGGUUCCUCAGUAUACAUAGCAUGUGCAAUAUUCUUUAUAUUUUUUGGGAGUGGAGAUCUUCAACCAUGGAAUUCUACGGAAGAAAGUACCACCAAGGUAGGAGCAGAAAAUCAUGCAUAUAUUUCAGAUGCUGAAAAUACAAAAGUUUAACCUUACAAAAUAAGUUGAAAGUGAAAAAACAUUUAUAGUUAUGUGAUUUGAGGAAC